AUGGAAGGCCUUACUAGACCAAUGAAGAACACGGUGGAUUCAAGCUUGUUUAAAGGGCUCAAGGUGAAUGAAGAAUUUUCUUACAAUAUUAUUCAGUUCACGGAUGACACUCUUUUAGUUGGAGAAAGUAAUUGGACUAACCUUUGGUGCAUUAAGGUCUUACUUAAAGGUUUUGAAAUAGUUUUGAGUUUGCGGGUGAACUUUUUUAAAAGUAGUAUUUGUGGAGUUAAUUUGAAUUCGGAGUUUUUAGAAGUUGCUUUUGUCUUUUUUCAUCGCGGGGUCUGCCCUCUUCCUUUUAAAUUUAUGGGAAUUCUUGUGGAAGAUAGAAUGAGGAAAACGGAGAUGUGGAAAUACGUUGUUGACAACUUAAGGAGAAGAUUUGCAGUUUGGAGAGGGAAAAGUUUAUCAAUAAGUGGGAUAGUGGUUUUAAUCAACUGGGUUAUGAAUGCAAUGCUAAUUUUCACUUUGUCAUCUUAUAAGGCUUCUCUUGUUAUCAUCAAGGAGAUUGUAAAAAUUCAAAGCAAUUUUAUUUGGGGAGGAUCCUCAAUUCAUAAGUAUGUUCAUUGGGUUAGCUCGAAGUUGGUUUGUAUGCCUAAAGAGAAGGGAGGUUGA